AUGAACAGGCUCAAGAUGAAGAGGACCACGCGAAGGGCCCAGAACACCAAGCUUAUACAAGAGGCAAGUGCGCUACUUGAGAAUGAUGACGCGACAGUGCGACAGAUCGACUCGAUUUAUGAGAGGCUCAAGAGCAAUAAUGAGGAGCUGAAGAAGAUUAAUGAUGAGAUGGAAAGCCACAUAAGUGACGAGGCAUUCGAGGCGGAGUACGCUACCGUAAUUGAAUAUGAGGACAACGCGACCCGCAUCUUAGCCGAGCUCCAGAGCAAACGCCGCCAGCAUAGCGAGACAUCUCCAGUGUCACCGCACAUCGAAGUUCGCGACGUGCCAGCGGCUAUGGGACCUUCUGAAUGCCGCGAAAUCAAUGGCAGGGGAAAAGGAAGACUCCAGCGAUAUGAGACCCGAAUCGAAGAGCGUGUUCGAGCACGCAAAAGUCAGAGGCUGGAGCCUGCAUUCUAUGCUAUCCACAAGCGAAGCAUCCAGGAGAACAAUGAUGCACAAGUUCAAGUUCAGAGACGCUUGAUCGAGGAGACCACUUCAAUGGAUACCAAUAUGGCCAAGCGGCGAUUGAAGUUGCGCGAGGAACAGACUGCUCGUGAGCGGGAGCACACGGACCAUGCAAUCAUGCUGAAGGAGCUUCAACGCCUGCUUUUUGAGGGGCGAACUUUUCAUGAGAACUUUGAAGAUAAUCUGGAGAAAGUCAUGAGAGAAGCUGCUCAGGCACACGUGGCGAUGGAGUACGAGUCCAAAAUACAAAACUUGACUCAGGAGCUGGACGAGGUGCGCAAGCGGCUGCUUGUGUCGGAGGAGAAGCUCAGACUGAUUUUCCCCCUGCUGCUCAAGAUGCAGCAGUUGGGCAUGGAACAAUGCGAGAUUGAGUUGGAGAAACAAAAAAGACAGCCAGGACAUGUCGUGGAGCACCAGCAGACGACGAGAAGAGAGACAGAAAUGGGUAGCCUGGAGAAUCGUCUAAAGGAGUUGUCUCAGGCAGGAAGAACACAUGAUUGGUUGCGCAUGCAAGACUGUGCUGCCAUCCAGCAAAUUCAAGAGCGUCCCUCACUGCUCACACGAGAAGACGCAACCUCAUCAAGUGCUGCAAGAAUCGGACCAAAGAAUACAGAACUGCCUUCCCAGCAAAUGAAACCUGAACGUGAGGACAUCGCUGGACCGUUUUGGCAACAGGCGCCUGCUGCUGAAACCGUCGAAGCACCAUGUGCUGAAAGCCCUGUGGACCUGCUCGCCUACAUCCGCGAGCUGGCAGGAGAGGACGUCCUCAGUCUCCAUGCCAAAGCACGAGAGAAGCUUCGGCAACUGAAGGAGGAGUCCGAAAAAUAG